GCGGAAGAGAAGCGCAGGUUUCUGCCUGCGCUGGCUCCGGCCUGGCGCUGAGGGAGGGGGCGGCCCCGGCCCGGCCCGGCCCCGCGGCGGGACUAUGGACCCGGCGGAGGCCGUGCUGCAGGAGAAGGCCCUCAAGUUCAUGCCCCGAAUACACAUGCCCAAAGACGGAUUCCAACUUACAUCUUCUGGAUACCAAGCAUGGCUAAAGCAGUGCUCUAUGCCCAGAUCUCUGUGGCUGGGCUGCUCCAGCCUGGCGGACAGCAUGCCCUCGCUGCGAUGCCUGUAUAACCCAGGGACUGGCGCACUCACAGCUUUCCAGAAUUCCUCUGAGAGAGAAGACUGUAGUAAUGACGAGCCCCCUAGGAAGAUCAUUCCAGAGAAGAAUUCACUUAGACAGACCUCAGCAGAAGGGGCUGCUCAUCCUGUGCCAAAUGUACAGCCACCAGAAGUCGGGGUUGUGCCUAGGAGAGCAGCCGGCCACAGAAUACGGGGCCCUUGGGCUCUGGUGGACCUGGCAGUCGGUGGCAGGAAGACCUACAACAGCUGUGCCAGACUGUGCUUAAACCAGGAAACCGUGUGUCUAGGAAGCACCGCAAUGAAGACGGAAAACUGCGUGGCCAAAACAAAACUUGCCAAUGGCACUUCCAGUAUGAUUGUGCCCAAGCAAAGGAAGCUGUCCGCGAGCUAUGAGAAGGAGAAGGAGCUCUGUGUCAAGUAUUUUGAGCAGUGGUCCGAGUCCGACCAGGUGGAGUUUGUGGAGCAUCUCAUCUCGCAGAUGUGUCAUUACCAACAUGGACAUAUCAACUCGUACCUCAAGCCCAUGUUACAGAGGGACUUCAUCACAGCGCUACCAGCUCGGGGAUUGGAUCACAUUGCCGAGAACAUCCUGUCGUACCUGGAUGCCAAGUCGUUAUGCGCCGCCGAGCUGGUGUGUAAGGAGUGGUACCGAGUGACAUCCGAUGGCAUGCUGUGGAAGAAGCUUAUCGAGAGAAUGGUCAGGACGGACUCGCUGUGGAGGGGGCUGGCGGAGAGGAGAGGAUGGGGACAGUAUCUAUUUAAAAACAAGCCUCCCGACGGCAAUGCCCCACCCAACUCCUUCUAUAGAGCACUUUAUCCCAAAAUUAUACAGGACAUCGAGACGAUCGAGUCCAACUGGCGGUGCGGCAGGCACAGUUUACAGAGAAUCCACUGUCGGAGCGAAACCAGUAAAGGGGUUUAUUGUUUACAGUACGACGAUCAGAAGAUAGUCAGUGGCCUCCGCGACAAUACCAUCAAGAUCUGGGAUAAGAACACGCUGGAAUGCAAGCGCAUCCUGACCGGACACACGGGUUCUGUGCUGUGCCUGCAGUACGACGAGCGGGUGAUCAUUACCGGCUCCUCUGACUCGACCGUCAGGGUAUGGGAUGUCAAUACAGGCGAGAUGCUGAACACACUGAUUCACCACUGCGAAGCAGUGCUGCACCUGCGCUUCAACAACGGCAUGAUGGUGACGUGCUCCAAAGACCGGUCCAUCGCCGUCUGGGAUAUGGCGUCUCCAACAGACAUUACCCUGAGAAGGGUCCUGGUCGGACACAGGGCCGCCGUCAACGUAGUGGACUUCGAUGACAAGUAUAUUGUAUCGGCGUCGGGUGAUAGGACUAUAAAGGUCUGGAACACGAGUACCUGCGAAUUUGUGCGCACCUUAAAUGGACACAAACGAGGCAUCGCGUGCCUGCAGUACAGAGACCGGCUCGUGGUGAGCGGCUCCUCCGAUAACACCAUCAGGUUGUGGGAUAUCGAAUGCGGGGCAUGCUUACGAGUCCUGGAAGGCCACGAGGAGCUGGUGAGAUGCAUACGCUUCGAUAACAAGAGGAUAGUCAGUGGAGCGUACGACGGGAAAAUUAAAGUGUGGGACCUCGUGGCUGCCCUGGACCCUCGCGCCCCAGCAGGGACUCUCUGUCUGCGAACCCUCGUGGAGCAUUCUGGGAGAGUCUUUCGCCUCCAGUUUGACGAGUUCCAGAUCGUCAGCAGCUCGCACGACGACACGAUCCUCAUCUGGGACUUCCUGAACGACCCGGCCGCCCAAGCAGAGUCGACCCGCUCCCCCUCCAGAACGUACACCUACAUCUCCAGAUAAAUAACGCUACACCGUACCUCACACUUGCACAGGACUCAUUUAAGCUGCAGUAUUUAAAUUAUCUGCCAAUGCCAGGACAAAUGAACUCUCCACGUAACGAAUCCUUGCUGAAGAAAGAGGCUCUCAGACUCGUUUCUGGAACAAAGUUGGCGUGCGGUCGAUCUCAGACAGGGUCUGCUCAGCGCGGCCGACUGCUAAAAUGCUGCUAUAUCAGAAGACGUCUUUUAUCUUUCAUGAACGAUUAACAUUUUUAAACCUCCCCUCUUCUUUCUCCCUUUUCCCCCCACCUCCCGCUUUUUCCUCUCUAGAUGCAGGCACAGAUGUCCUAUAAAAAUAUUUAAGGUGUUGCCAGUCUUCGUUGCUUUGCUCUUAAGCAGAAGAAUCAUUGUCACUGGGCACCCUGCAGAGAGAGUCGCUGCCGGGUCAGGAGGCUGGGGAAGGGGCUGCUGCUUGGAGAUAUAAUUAGGUAUCAUCAUCAGUCUUUGAUAAGAGCAUCUCGCACCUGACUCCGAAGAGCAACUAAAGCGAUGCCCAAGAGGAGACCCGAGUCCCCGCUGCAUUUGGCUGUGGCUGCCUGCGGAUCUGUCUGGGUGGAGAGAGCGGGUGCCUGCAAUUCACCCCCUUGGAUGAACCACAUCAGUAUCUUUCCUUCCGCUCUCGCCCAUCUCUCGAACCCGAGGAGGCUGCAUGUGUGUUACGAGCUUCCUCUGCGUAUCGUGUGGCCAGCGCCCUGCAGGACGGCCGGCAAAGCCUGCCCGAGUCCAGAGCACUCUUCCUGGGAGGGUUGGUGGGGGGGAUGCAGUUUCUGGGCAGGGGGAGAUGACCUGAGGGCAGUAUUUCGCUGGUGAAGGCAUGGUCUGUACCCUAGCACAGGCUUGGUUUGCUUUGAACUCCCACGGGUUGUACCCCAAAGGCAGCGCUUUGCGCCUGGCUUGUAACUUGUUCUGUUAUUCAGGGAGAUGCUUGAGGCUGCAGCCGGGAGCAGAGGCUGGCACCUUCCCGAGCCCUCCACGCAUCCCCUCUCCCCACUGCUUUCACCACUGGGUCGGUCUUAGAGGAGCUGGCCCCAUCCUGCAUGCGGUGGUGCGCUCUCUGCACGUGCAGCGCGGCUGGCCGGGUUUGGACAGGGGCCAAUGGUAGCAAUGCCGCCAGCCGGCAAAGGCAGAUGGGUGCAUUUUCUUGUCGGCUUAUACGGGGGCAUGGCCUGCCUUUGCCGGCGAGCCGCACGAACCCUAGCCAGCACAGCACGCGCCCUCAGCUUUUCACACGCCCGGCAUUGCGGUGUUAGGAGCAAGGGAUAAUCGACAGCAGGACCGACUCCAGCUGAGACCUGCGAGAAUCAAAACGCCUCUGAUGCGACGGGCACGCAGUGAUUCUCCACGUUUUGGGCCGGUGCAGCCGGAGGGCACCGCGCAUUCCCCCACCGCAGCCGGGAAAGGAAUCGCAGAGGGCCCCGUGCUUGGAUCAAGAAAGAUUAAGCAGAAAUAAUCUCCGCAGUCAUUCCAGCCGUGGCGAAGGGGCUGUGACAGAUUACCCUGGAGCAGUUUUAGGAGGGCCAGGUCUCUCGCUGCCGGCAUGGAGCAACCCUCGCUCCCCUCGCAGGCGUGAACCCGUCCUGCCAGCGCUGAGGACGAAGGGCCCUUUGUCCUGUGGGGGUGGAGGGGAGGGAAGCAGCAUCUGGGCCCCUCUGAGCUUGGCGCUUUGCACCUGGGAGGUUGUUACCUGCAUGUCCCCAUCGGCUUCACCCUGCCAGGAGUCCAGUUGCCGCCCUGCUUUGGAACCGCGUUUCCACCAGUGACAUCGGGUAAGCAACUGGCCCCACAGACCCUGAAGACACGUCCCAGUAGCCAGCACCCUUUUGGCAGCAGCCAGAAGUCUCCCAAAGGAGGAGACAACAGCAGAGACGUGGAGAACGGUGCUCCCAGAACAGCCCUAAGAGACAGCAUGAGAGUAGGUGCUGGCAGAAACACCCACGCGUCUUCAGAGGGCCCAGAUACCAUAUCAGCGCUGGCGAGGUCCAGUGCAGACAGCGGCACUCGCUUCCCUUGCCCCCGCGCUUGAGCUGCUGUCGUAGGAAGCACAAAGGAAGUCACCUCUGUUUGGUGACCUUGGCAGUGACCCCAACCCGCAGAGACGCAGGACUUCUGCGUCAAGCCAAGCGCUCUCCCCUGACGCCUCUCUCUGGGGUGGACUUUGCAAUCCUUACUGACUGGUCGCAGUCGUCGGACACCCUGCAGCCCUGGUCCGUCGAGGCGGGAGGUAUUGAAGGAGUUGCGUUUACAUCACAAAUUGUUCCCAACUGCCUGGAGGGCACAGUCUUGUCCUUGGCUGUACUUGAAUGUCAUUCCUGUGGCCCCCACCAUUGCUCUGUCUGCAGCCUGGUAGCACGUGGGCAUCAUGUAUACGGUGACAGCUGCAGCCACAACAGUGUUUCCUUGCCCCACAUCUCUCGUCCGCCUCUGUCCUUUGGUCACAGGUUGCACUAGAAAAUAGCAACUCUGUGGAUGCUACAGGGGAUCUUCGUGGUUCACCUGGGUCUCUGGGCAGUGACUUUCUGUUUCCAAGACUUUGGAAGACCUGGAACUGGCCAGACACAGCGAACCGUCAUGGUUUGGCUCAGCCCCGCUGCUCAUCUGGACACCCAGCGAUGUGUUUCAAGAGGUACCAGGGAUGUUUAACUCUGCUGUAUAGAUAAGGUACGGCGCAAAUGCUGCAGUCUGUUUUGGCUCAAGGCCGUGAUGCUUGUCCCCGGAGAAGGGGCGAUGUCAGGGUACUUAGAGACCAAACCACCAGAGAGCGAAUUCCUGCCCCUCGCAAGCUGAAUGAUUCUCCGAUGUCUACGAAGGGUGAUGAAGUGAGCUGGUCUGACUUGAACCCGAAUCGGCCACAGCUCUGCUUAGCUGGUCAGCAUCGAAGAAAUCGCCUGGUAAGUAGGCCUCUGUGUCGAGAGACGGCGGCUCUCCUCAAUUCCCCGCUCACCGUCCCCGUGCAGGGGCGAGGCUUUGCGAUGGAUUCAACGAAUGACGCCCAGCUGGGCUGGAGGACACGCGAGGGUUUUACAAAGCACAGAAAGGAAGCGAGAAGGAGCUAGACGUGCCCGUGGACUUCUGAAUCGAAACGCCCCCGCUGCAUCCGCGUUGUUGUUUGUCCCGCAGCUCCCAGCCGCCUGGACCACGAGGGAGAGUUGAGACGGAGAGCAGGUCGGUCCAUCACGACUCCCAGCCCUGCUUCGAGGGCAACAGGCAGCGGCUGGCUGCGUUGCUGCAAGCAACCCCAUUUGAAAAUAUCCAAGCAGGAAUGGGCAGCUUGGGAACUGCUGGGCCAGCGGGAAGCAGCUCCGUUUCCCCCCUUGGCUUUCAGGGAUGGGCCUGCCUGCAAGAGCGGAGGGGUUCGGGGCUCACGAGCGGACACCUCCAGUCUCCCCAAGUGAAGAAAUGCUCCGAGCCUGGUUCUGACGUGGAAGACCGCUUGGCCUGCCCUGUCGCCUCCGCCCUGCUCCUUCUUGCACGGAGAGGAUCUUUCACGUUGAGUUUUGCACGCUCAAGCAACAUGCCUGUUUCUCCCAUCCCGGGCCCUGGCUGCCCCACAAUCAGCCUGACGGGUGCUCGGCACCGGGUCCAUCACCCAAAUGCCCGCUGGUUUCCUUCCUCCCCUUUCAGGUCGUAUUUAGUGAGCACUUGUUCUUGCGCUGACUGGUGAGGGUGAGGAGCAUUGCCGAUGGCCUGAAGGCCCACAGUUAACGAGGGGAGUUGCAAGGGGCGUAAGAGGUCAGAGGAGUUUGUCCCAUACAAUGGGGAGACUACGCUGAAAACACGCCGGCCCCAACUUGUGCCCUUGGCUGGGAAGGACACAAGCGUGGGAGAGGGGAAUUCGGAGCCCCGCAGAAACCGGUGUUUCCUGGCAUUAGCUGAUGGGCGCGUGGCCUUCGGUCCUCCCAGUCUCGGGAGCAGGAGUGAGCUCCCCCGGGGGCUCCCCAUGAGGCAGGCAUGAUGCAUGUAACGUGCUGAGCUUUGCCCUCCUGUUCCCCUCACCCCACCGCUUCUCCGGGAAGGGAGGAAACCUCCUGGCGGCCUCUCCGGCUUUCCUGCCUGCCGGCUGGGGUUCGGAGCAGGGUCCCUCCUGCUCAACGGAGCAACAGCAACCUCGACAGCAGCGUGCUUCCCCCGUGGCCCCCGCGCCGCCGAAAGGUACUUCCAACCUGACAGUCAGUGACCCCUGCACGAAGCUGUCAGGGCUGGAGAAGGGACCCAAUCCUCUGCUCUCCCGUCCGUCCGAGCUCCCUGCGGCGCAUUCGGAUCCUCGCUAGGCCCACGGAGCGGCUCCGUUCCAGCUCCGACGCUUUCGGGCUGGUCGUCGCAUCCCAGCCUGAGCAGGGGGCUGGAUCGGGAGUCUCACCGCUGCUUUGCCUCCGUGCAGGGGGCUUCCCUUUGCCAACCCCACCUGCAGAACAACGCAGCGCAAGAAGACGGCGGCCACCCCAAGCGUCCGGCUGUCCCGGGAGCCCGCCACCCCUCCGACGCACCGACCCCCGGCCGCACCGCAUCCAGCUCGUGCUGGGGGGGACGAGCGAGCACGGCCCCGUCGGUUUUCCGUUUCUUCCUCCGCUCUAGUCGUUCUCUAGGUCCCUCCGUAACGAGUGCUUUGGAUUUCGUGAUGCCGUUCCGGUGAUGUGUAGUUCAUGUACUAAUGUCCACUCGAGCUAGGCUCAUGGUAACCGUGUGGUAUAUAUAUAAAUUUUUUUUUUUAAUUAUGAUUAUUUUAUUUUAUUUGAACUGUUCGGAAAAUAACUUAAAUACAGCUCUAAGAGGA